AUGUUCCUUGGUUACCAUGAAACUUCCAAGGGCUACGAUGGGAAAGGAAUUGUGUACUCCGACCUUGACAGGCUGUGCGACGGGGUGAUGUCCUUCCUUCAUGGUGUUCUUGAGAGUGUUAAAAGUGAUGAUAACGUUACAACUUAUGAUAAUAUGCUUGAUUCAGGUAGUAGACUUGACAAUGUUCUUCGUGAUUUAUGUUCAUUAAUUGGCACCGGGCGUGAUGGCCUUUCGGCGUCUGUCACCAAGGUGAAGGGGUGGUUGGGGAAAUAUAAUGGAGAAGUUGGCAACAAGACAAAAGCAGUGACUGAAGGAUUAUCUGCACUUAUAGGUGAUUACUACAAGGAAGUGUCACGUAAAGCGGGACUAAAGCUUCAGCUACAAUUGGAUGCCUGGCAGUCCACGGUGCAGAAGGUGGAGCAAGAAACUGAUCGCCUUGAAAACUAUUAUAUUAAUGUUUUAGAUAGAUCGCUUAACAAUCAGAUUAUGCAUGAAUUCGUGCCUGUGAAAGGUGUGAUUGAGCACAUGAAAAGUCUUGCUGCGAAUCCGUUGUUUAAAGAUGGAACAAUGUUGUUAGAUAAGAGGUUAGAGGAACAGGAAGGUGAGAUGAAGGUGAAGAUUGAAAAAGAAUCAUUGGUACUUAAAUUGAAAUUAAAAAAUGAGUUUGAUAGGAUAUUAGCAGAUAUGAGAAAUAUGAAUGAUAAAAGGAAAGAGAAGUUCGGGCACCUUAGAUAUGCUGUGAAGGAUGCCAAAAGGGAAAUUGGCAAAUUGCUGGCGAAAUUCGACGAGGGUUAUAAGAAUGAAAUUCUUCAAGCUAUUGUUGGUUUAAAAGAUGACAUGACAGAAAUCAACAAGCGUGACACAGAAAAAUGCCCACUUGAGCAUCAAGUUGAUGCAAUAAUGGCGGCAGUUACGUCCGUUGGCACUGAACUGAACGCCCAAGUUGACGAGUUAAAUAAGUGGAUUGAGGGUGCGGAGGGAGUGCGGAGUGCGGCGCAGACUAAGGCUAGGACUGUGUUCGAUGCUUUGAAAAAAGAAAAUGUGUCGGGGAAUUCUAUUCGCAUGAAACUGCGGUCAAUCACCGGCGAUAAAGACGAAAUUGACAGCGUUAAAAGUAUGAUUGAUGGUGAUAUUAAAAACUUGGAAAGGUGGAAUCAGGAGGCUGGGAAGGUCGUGGAUGAUGCAAAAACGAAGUGUGAGACUAUAUUGCAGAAAGUUGUAGAUAGUAAGUCUCCGAAAGGUCCUAAAACUCAGAUUGGCAUAAAAGCUAAAGCGUUAAAGGAUAAAGCCGAAAAGCUGUUGAAAGCAUAUCAGGCCGCAGAGUCGAGCCUUAGUGACUUGGUUAGUAGCGCGCAACAGACGGUAACGACAUUAGAUGGUGAUCUUAGAGCGGGACUGUUUCGCGCAAAAGAGGACGUUAAGAAUAACAUCACACAGUAUGUUGACACCGUGGUUGCAGCAGUGACGAAGGGGGUGCCACUUGCGACAGGUAGUAGUUAUUCAUAUGAUUCAUCGCCUGGUUUCACUGCCAUGAAGUUACAUUUGAAAGUAGAUGAAGGCUUGGGCAAAUUGCUUGAAGACGCCGGUAAACAUAUACCACAAUUUCCGCUUAGAGCAGACCUUAUUCUAAAAGCUAUACAGGAAUACCAAAAAAAGAAUGCUAUCGAUGUAGAUACAACUAUCGGUCAAAUUAAAUCAAAACUUACGGAGAAGCUCAGGCAGCAUUUUAAGGAAGAAAGUGGUAGCAAAGUCGUCCUUGACAAAGCUUCGCAAUAUUUUUCUAGAUACGAAACAAACAAAUCAGCGAUUAAUGAUCAGUUCAAUACUGUCGGCAGAGAGCUGCUAAACAAGUUUACCUCUGGUAACACGAAAGCCGUCAACGACACGAAUACAGAUAUUCAAGAAGUGACUACAUUAGAAACCGCAAUUCAUUCGCAUCUCACAGCACUCACCGGGUUGGUGAGUGGCAAUAGGACAAGUGCCAUUGAAGGUAAAGCAAUAAAAUUCAAAGGCAUCAAACCGCUUUUGGAAGAGCUUAAGAAGGGGCUUGGUAACGACAUAGAUGAAUCAUGGUUCUCCACGAAGAGCGGCCUCGCCAAAAUCCAAAGUACACUCAAUGAUCUGAAUGGCCAGCUACCCACACAUACCAGACAAAUCGGGGAUGCCGUCCAAAACAUUACUCAAGCACUGGAUAAGCUUCAAAGAGAUUUGCAGGAUAGCCCAGACGGCGCAUCAGCAACUGGAAACAGUGUCCUGGAUAAGUUAAAAACACUUGAAGACGGGCUAAAGAAUACCCCUUUGACUCCAGCAACGAAAGGUCUUCAACAAGUUAAGACAGACAUCAGCAGUCUGCAGACCACCCAUUUACUGGACAAUGAAGGCAGUAGAAUCAAACAAGCCAUCAAUAAGGUGAUGGCGACAGUAAAUACACUGGAACGUCUUCCCGGCAAAGUGGAUGAGGCAAAGAUAAAUGUGUGGAAGUUGAUGGAAAAUCUGCGACAAGACAUUGAGCUACUUCAAAGCCAUAUUAACAACAUAGACAAGAACAUCGACUAUGCUGACGAGGCAUUGACAAACGCAAUGAAGGCCGUGUACAGCGCUGUUUUCUCAGCCCACAAUACACUCAAUAUAAACGUAGACAAAAUCCAAACUGCACUCCUUGAAAAAGCCGAAGACGCUUUUCAUAAAGUCACUACAGAAAUGCGAAUGCUAUUUGCAAAUGCACGCCAGGCGGAUUUGACGGCGUUAAAAGCCUUAGCUAACCGCCAAUACAAAAAAGUCUACGACAUUAUAAAUGCCGACAUGGCAAAUGGCGUUAAAGGUUUGCUGAGCAAGAUGCAUGAACAAAAAGGUAUUCUAGAAGCUGUGCGAACUCAUCAAGACUUCAAAGAAUUGACGGAGAGACUACAAUGGUAUCUAGAUCCAGUCACGGAGUACAUUAAAUAUCAACUCCUUCCAGACACUAAGCCCAAGCCCCCAACUCCCUCCCUCCGUCCAGUCCCACCCCCAAUCUCCGGCGGCGGCUACAGAGCGCGGCCGGCAACAAACAUGCAGGCUGAUCGUCAAUCUCCAAACGUUCCGGGAUCAGCGCACCGUGUCGGUAUGCCACGCACAACUCCGCCCACAAACCAUCAGCCUCAGCCUCCAUCCCCUCCCACCAGCCAGCCAUCCCCCUCCCCGUCCACCAAGGAUCCCAUUGAGAAGUUCUUCGAGGACCUUGAACUGUAUGCUCGAAGAUUAUUUUUGGCCCUUUCAGGUGGUUUCUUUAGUAAAACCUUUGCAUCACAACGUGAAGAAUUUGAGAAGUUUCUCGACUCCAUGCGUCCUACAAAGUUCGCACAGCUCAACAGUCCCCUACUGGACGUCCUAAAAUCCGGCCUUCAGGAUUUCCUCGGGGAGAUUGGCAAGGCGUACGUGAAUACGUAUGAAGGGCAUCCGUCUCUAGUUGACUUUUUGCGGGAGGCUGAUGGAAAGAAUUGCGCUAAGACAUUUUUGUCUUUACUGGAGACGCUGAACAAUGAUCUUGGCAGACUGAGGAAAAGAUGCAAGAAUAAUUGGAAAGAUUUUCCGGUUCAUCUAGGCAUCGCGACCAUUAAAGACAAAAGAAAGGUUACAAUAUUGGAGACCGAAAAUCCCCUUGGUCACUUCUUCCAGAAGUGCGGCUAUGAGGUGUCCGACGCUGCCGGCAAGCAAAAUGGCCAUUUGCGGAAUAAAGAUGAUUGCAAAGGUCAGAAGGUUUAUGAUCUUCUCGUCACCGAAACAGAUUAUAAGCAUGUUUACCACAAGCAUGAAGAUUCCGAAUAUCCACUGCAAAAGCUGUACCACUGCCUCCAAGACUACUACGCUGUCGGACACUACGCCACUUCGUUCGCAACCAAGCCGCCGUGUUCCGUGUAUGAAAUGUUACUCUGGUGUGCCGGUCUCACCUAUAACUCUGUUUAUUCUGCGUUACUAUCCAGCAUUAGCGAAAAGCUUGAAACUCCAUCUAAUCCACUUGGCGCCGACGACGAUGGCCUUAUGGCAUUCGACUUCGAAAGCUUUUACAUAGAUUCUUAUCCUAACAAAGUCACGUAUAAGCAUUUCCAAGACGUGCUUACUAAUAUUGCUUCCAUAUCAUCCUCCAUCUUGACGACCGUUCUCGGCUUCGGCGACGAGCACACCAUGUACGCCUGUGACUUCUAUGAUAACUCCAUGAAAUUGUAUUACCCUAAAAGUGGAGCAGAGUGCUUAGAUACGUUACUAGAUAUAUUGCGUCGCAUGUUCCCACCACUUAGAUUUUUGUUUUUCCAGUGCAGAGUCGGUGAAUCAGACUACGGCUGGGGGGACUGCCACUACGGCAAGAACAUAACCCAAGCAAAAUGGCAGUGUACCAAGCACUCAAAGUCUGAAUCAAAGUGCCAACCAAAAUGUCAACCAAAAUGCCAGGCAAAGUGCCAACCAAAUUGCCAACCAAAUUGCCAACCAACGUCUCCACUUAUGUCUUACCUCACUGACAGUCUCGUCGGUUGCCUUCCUCACCAGCUUAGCGGAAUUGGUUGCAAACCAAAAUGUAAUACGUGUCCCACUGGUAAACCAGGAAUGCCUUGCCUUACUCCGCUCGGAUUCAGAGGUUUCUCUGGGACCACGCGCAAAGGUGAAGACCUAAGCAACGUGCUGCGUAACUUGUUCGGUGACACAUACCUUGCAUCGCUAUUCUGCCUCGCGACCAAAGCACCAAGUACAUUGCCAGAACACUUUGGCUUUGCGUUGUCACUUGUUAAUAAGUGGAAUGAGUAUGGUAGUCAUCUCAUAGAAAAUGCCUUUAAAAAGGCUAUCGACGACCGUUCCAUUAGUCUGUACGACGAGCCAGGCAAACUCACAGAUGCACUUCGUGAUGCCUACGGUAGCAGUCAGAGUAGUCACGAUGCGACAAAAUAUCACACUAGCAUUGUUAAUAUCCAAGCCGAUGAAACGAAAAAAGGCAGCUUGUCAAGUCUCUGUAUGGCCACCGCAUGUUCCAAUGCGCUGUGUGCCCCUUACAUAUACACCUUGUGCUCCGAUUACUACAGUUACUUAGGCAAAUCGCAUUCCAAGCUGUACCUUUCCUGGGCAGUUUACUUGCCGUGGUCGUUAUGGAGUUACCUCGAAAGCCUGUACAACGCUAUCAAGGACAUCUUCUGCCAGGACUGGGGAUGCAGAGGAUGUCUACGUGCUGAAACGUGCAGACGUGGAGAGCAUGGCCUCACCAACGACAAAACAAAAUCAGCAAAUUGUCACUGUGAAUCUAUGGUCCAAUGCAGAGGCAUGAUGCCGACGCUAUAUAAGUACGGUUUCACAUUUGGUGCGCCAGCAGCGUUGAAUAAGGAGAAUGCGUCUAAGACAUGUUCCAAUUUCUGUGACCAGCUGCGCAAUGUAUUGCACUCGACAUAUUUUGAUAAGCUGUUCAAGGAGUGCGACAAUUUCUUAUGGAAAAUCAGGGAACCAUUCUCCAUCACAUUAUUAGCCCUCUGGUCCCUCUCGCUCCUGUACCUGCUGCACAUCCUCGUCGUCCGCCUCGACGUCCUGAGGAUACGCUCCCACCUGCGCUCGCCCUCAAGCCACCGCAUCGCCGCGCAGUCCCUCCUCGCCGCCGCACGCGUAAAGGCGCUCGCCAGCGUCAAGUACUUCUCACCAUAA